AUGGAGAUAUCCUCCAGUAGUAGCACUGAUUGCUUUGAUUCCGCUCUAGAUUAUCUGGGCUGGAUGAAUAAGACCCUGGAGUAUGAGUUGUGUUUUGAUAUCUGGAACCUAGAGAAAGAGGUGAGGCUGUUACAAACCUUUGAUCUGUAUCUGAGAAUGUGUAGGAGGAGGAGGAACCAUGAAACCUGUUUGGAACGAGAUGAGGAGGAGAAGGAUGUUGCUUCUUUCAGAAUUCAAAAUCUGAUUAAAAGAAGAAUGCCAGAUCUUGUAUUUGCUUGCAGCGAAUACUUGAUUCAUUCUCGUUUACCUGGUUUGACUCAAAUCAAAAGUGAGCUCACCAUAUUCCGGGAAGCAAUAAAGUUGUUUUUCGAGACAGAUAUCAAGGAAUUGUGCAUCAACUUUCUGCUGGACUGUUACUGGCUGAGAGAACCAGAACUAGUUAUUGAUUUCAUUGAUUCGGUUUCAAAGAAUCUGGCGGAACUCCGCGAAAGGAACGUAUUCGGAACCCUUAAAGAGAAGCUAAUGUUCUGGAAAAGUUUCAUUCGCUUUGCCAUGCUUCAGGGUCAGCAAUUGAUAGAUCUCUUAAUUCACGCUGAAGUGGUGGCUAUCAAUGCACUACGCCUGAUUUCUAUAUGGUGGUUUGACAGAGAAGGUGAAGUACGCAAUGAAACGGAACUUCAAAUUUCUCAACUAAUAGGUGAGAAGAUUAUUCCCAGUGAUCCACAAGUUCGAGAAACUUAUAUCCAUGUCUUGACUGCUUCAAAGUUGUCAAGGUCAUCAGACACUUCAGCUCUGGAGAAGAAUAAGCAUCUAGUAGUUGACUUUGUGGAUUGUCUUGUUCACAAUAUUACGGAGUUGCUAGAAUCUUGUACCAGUAUUCUGGUUCCGAUUAUAUUUCACAUGCAAAAACUCCUUGAUGGGCUAAGAUUCUUGACAAUCCUUCUGAGGCAUCCGGAGAAGUUCAAAGAGCUACGCCAUGAAAUGAAGACUCUUAUUGGAGUUGUGGUCUGUGAUGCAGCAAUCGUAAUUUUCUCACUUUCUGUGAAUCAAUUGAUCAAAGAAGGCUUGGCCAAGGAAAAUGAUGUUGCUCUUUUUCAUUUGCUCAAAGUGCUCAAGUUUGUUAGGGCAGAAGUUGCACAGGUUUAUCCAGUAACAUCAGUAUCACCAUUUGGUUUUCCUAGGACGAAUGAGUUGGGCUCUAUGGAUUUUCUCAUUGAAAAUCUGAUUGAACUGGAAAGUUGUAAUGGGGCUGAUGAUUCAAUUGCAUUCCCAAAUGAUCAAAUCCACACAGUCCUACAUGAUCUUGUAUUCUUAAGAUCUUUUCUUGGCAAGAUAGUAGACCAGCGCAACCGGAAUGGAAAACUCCAAGCUCUUUGGAGUCGUGUUAUAGAGGUUGCUUACAGGGCAGAGUUUGUCAUUGACUCUAUUGUGAUUGGUGAUAAACAUGAAUAUUUGGAAAGUGUUGUCAGAGAUAUCCAGCUUUUGAGGACUGAGAUUGAAACCUAUGAGUGCACGAGGCAUGACACUGGAGCUCAGAGAACUAACCGGAAAUCUUUCCACGUUGAGUCAAAACGUAGCACCCCAGUGUUGAAUGACGUUGUGGUGGGUCUUGAUGAUGAGGUAAAGACAAUUAUUGAUAGGCUUACCAGGGGUUCAAAGCUGUUGGAUUUUGUUUCAAUUGUGGGUAUGGGUGGACUUGGUAAGACAACAUUGGCCAAUAGAAUUUACAAUGAUCCAUUAAUUUUGAGGCACUUUCAUAUCGUUGCUUGGUGUGAUGUUUCUCAAGUAUAUAGCAUACGGAGUUUAUUAGUUCAGCUUUUGUGUAGUAUUUGUUCUGAGAGUCCUGAUCGAUAUCUUGAGAUGGAUAAAGCUGAUUUGGCUCACAUGCUGUACAAGCGUUUGAAGAGAAAUAGGUAUCUUAUCAUUUUGGAUGAUGUCUGGGAGAUUGAGGCAUGGAAUUUGGUGAAAAGUUCAUUGCCCGAUGAUGCUAAUGAAAGCAGGAUUCUUUUUACCAGCAGAAUUGAAUUGCAAUUCAGUCCUGAUAGCAACGCUUACCAUCUUCGGCAGCUUACUGAUGAAGAGAGUUGGAAAUUGUUGCAGAAAAAGUUAUUUGGUGAAGAAGGAUGCCCUCCGGGACUAAUCGAAGUUGGAUCUCAAAUAGCAAAAUUUUGUAGGGGCUUACCUCUUACGGUUGUCCUUGUUGCUGGUAUUUUUGCUAAUAUUGCAGAAAAUUACUGGAAAGAAGUUGCGAAGAGUCUAACUUCCAGUAGUGUCCUUGCCGAUGAAUACUGCAAGAAGACACUUGAGUUGAGUUAUAGUCAUUUACCAGAUGAGUUGAAGUCAUGCCUUCUUUACUUUUGUUUAUUUUCAGCAGGCAAAAUAUCUGAUGUCUGCAUUAUUUCCUGGCUUUGGAUCUCUGAAGGAUUUGUACGAAAGACUGAAGGAAAGAGCUUAGAGGAUGUGGCCAACGACUACUUGACGGCUCUGGUUGAUAGAAGUUUAGUUAUGGUUACCGAACAAGGAAGUGCGGGCGAUACCAAAGUCUGCAGACUUCACGAUUUGGUGCAUGAGUUUUGUGUGCAAAAAUUGGAAGAAGAAAACUUUAUACAUAAUAUUCGUCAUGGGAAAGAUCCUUAUAGUCUUGCUUGCCUAAGCAACGCCUACCGAGGAGUUUAUGAUACAAAUUCCAGGAAAUUAAAGACUCCGGAGGCAAUGCUAUCUUUUCCUAAUUUACGCACCAUGAUCUUGAUUCAAUGUUUUGAGCUUACUGUGUUGGAUUUGGAGUCUUCGUUACCUAAACUUCUUCGAGUGUUGAUUUUAGGAGGCAUCAAUUCUGUUGCAGUUUUUCCUAUGGAAGUAGUAUUGCUUGUUCAUUUGCGAUUCUUGGGACUUGAUAUUGCAAGAUUGAAAUCCAUCCCAUCUGCAAUAGACAACCUCUCAAGGUUACAAACUUUAGUGGCUAGUGGAUUGGAUGUGGAUUGUUGGUUACCGAAGACUAUCUGGAACAUUAAGACAUUGAGCUGGAUUGCAUCUUCUGCUAUUUUUCCCCGUCUUGAGAAAUUGGUUGUGCAUGAUUGUACGAAGCUGGAAGAGGUGCCUUCUUGUUUAGGGGAAUGUCCGACUCUUGAAAUGAUCGAGGUGAGACGGUGUAGCGAGUCUGUUGAAAGUUCAGUGGAGCAAAUUCAACAAGAACAGAUGGAUAUGGGAAACGAAGUUCUAAGGAUCGUAAUUGAACAUUUUGGCUAUACAUCAAGUGACUCAGAAGAAGAAGAAGAAGACGAAGAAGAAGAAUCAAGUUCCUCAGAAACAGAUUUAUCAAGUGAGCCAAGUCCCUCAGAAACAGAGGAAGAAUCAAGUGGCUCAGAAACAGACUCAAUUGAGCCAAGUCCCUCAGAAACAGAGCCACUUCUCUUAAGUUUUUGGUAUGACAUGAUGCAGCUAGCAGCAACUUUGUGA